AUGUACAAUAAGAUGGAGGAAAGCGGCGAUGAAGAAGACUACCCUGAUCGUAAUACUCGAUACCCUUCUAUUCCUCCCGAGAAUGCCGAGAAUUUUGCUUUGGGUUCGCAGUAUCUUGAUUUAACUGUACAACAGUAUCAUCAACAGCGUGCUGAACAACAACGUGCUGAACAACAACAACUUGCUGAACAGAAACGUGCUGAGCAAUUGGCUGAGCAACAACAUCACAUCGCUCCUGUUGAUGUUCCCCACCAUGACGAGGAAGUUGAAGAUCAACCUCCUGCUACCAAACGUCGAGCUUCUACUACCAAACGUCGUGUUCCUGCUACCAGACGUCAGGUUUCUGCUGCCACACGUCAAGCCCCUGUUUCCGAACAUCAAACUCUUGUCACUAAGCGUUACACUCGUGCCAAUGUUGCUAGAAAUAAUGGAGUUAAGAUCAAGGAAGAAGUUGACGAUGAUGAAGAUAACCACCUCGCAUCUAAUUCAGAAGAGGAAGACAAUGAGCAAGUCGACGAGCCAGCCACCGUAUCAAAGUCCGAUCUCAAAUACUCCACCAAAGAGAUGCGAGACCAGCAAAUGUCCAUCUUCCACCGUAAAGAAUUUGCCUUUUGCGAGAUUGCCAUUACAAACCACGAGCACAUGAUCAUCAAAGGAUUAAAUCACGUCACACCACAAACAUUCUCCUUGCCAGACAAGAACGGUAAAUAUCACAAGAAAAAGCGCAUUCGCAUUACCUGGGCCGAGAGGGACAUAUUGAACGCAUGGCGUAUUGCUAAUGGGCUUAAACCUCACAAAUUAAAAGAUGGGGCCAAAUAUGCGGCGGCUCGUGAGUACUGGCGUUUGCGAGCUCCUCUUCAUGUGGAACCACGUAAGACUCGGGAGUGGCGCGAGUCCAGAGGACCUGUUCCCGCUCCUUGA